AGAAGAAGAAGAAGACGCUGUAGAUUCAUUAUGCUGUUGCUGACACAUCUGUGUGACUAGAUAGCACGCCUCUGAAGACCAACGUAACGUAUAAAAAAAUGGAUCUAAGCGAGCAGAUUAGUCAGCUAGAAGCAGACUUGCAGGAGCUGGAUUCCCUCUUGGAGACAGCAGAGAGGAAAAGGGUGCAGGAAGUGUUAAAGCAGGAGCAAAAGAAGGUGGAAAAAGAACUCGCGACUAAACGACAGCAGUGGGAGCAACAAGCGAAGAGAGAUGCAGAGCCUUCUGCAGCAUCCAAAGCAUCUUACACAGUAAAGAUCACCAGCUACGCUUGGGACCAGUCAGACAAAUUUGUCAAAAUUUACCUGAAUUUGAAAAAUGUGCAGAAAAUUCCAUCAGAAAAUGUGGAAGUGAGCUUUUCAGAAAGAUCAUUUUCAGUUUUAGUGAAGGACCUAGAUGGCAAAAACCAUCAGAUGACUGUUCUCAACCUGCUGCAUCCAAUCAAUGAAACCGACAGCUUCAAAAAGAUAAAAACUGACAUGGUGCUGGUCAUGUGCAAAAAGCAAGCAACAAAGAAGUGGGAGUGCCUUACCUCGGUGGACAAACAGUCUAAAGAGAAAGAUAAACCCAGUAUGGGUGAGAAUGCAGACCCCAGCGAAGGCCUCAUGAGCAUGCUGAAGAAGAUUUAUGAAGAUGGAGAUGAUGACAUGAAGAGAACAAUCAACAAAGCCUGGUCAGAGUCCCAAGAGAAGAAGAUAAGAGGGGAAGAAAUGAACUUUUAAAUGUUGAUUUAUCCACAUCAGGACCAAACUAGCUCAGUGGGAGCUCCAGAAAUUGUGACAAAAAUAUUAAAAACUCAAGCUCAUAUAUAAUAUGUGAAGGAUAACGUGUAAGGCGUGGAUGAACUGAUUUCGACCUUGCUGUAAAACCAGGCUGAUGCCCUUUUAGUUAUGGGCUGCCAUGCGUAGAUGUCUUCAUACAUAAAAAGUAAUGUCCAGCAGAUGGCAGCGUUAUCACAGUGAUUCGCUGUUGCUGGUUUAAAAUUCCAACAUGGUCAGCUGUCUAGCUGUUUUCCAUCCUGGGGUGGUUUGGAUUUUAAUGGUUUUCAAGUUCUUCUGCUACCUUUUAAGUUUUUACACCUU